GCUGCAAGACUCACAUCUCAAGUAAGCAUAGCCAACAAUGAUUUCAGACAUCACACGCUUCAGUGAGCCCUUCCCCACUAAGAUGAGGGGCUAUGGUUUCCAGGAGGAGAGCUAUUCAGCUCACGAGGAAGAGUCGUAUCACUCCGAGGAAGAGUUCCACAGCAGCAGCAAUGGCUCUUCUGGUGGUAUAAAGUUUUUCCAGCCUGCAAAGUUUCAAUCCAUGUCAGGGCAUGAUGGUGCAGACUGGAAGAGCAACAAUAAGUUCAAUCACAGUGACACCAUGAACCACCAAAACGGCGGCUGGGGUGGUCAUGAUGCUCACCGGUUUGAUCAGGGCCAUGGGAUGAAGCAGCAGUAUGGUGGCUGGAAUAAUAAUGGUCAUGAUGCUCACCGUUUCGAUCAGGGCCAUGGGAUGAAGCAGCAGCAUGGUGGCUGGAACAAUGGUCAUGAUGCUCACCGUUUCGAUCAGGGCCAUGGGAUGAAGCAGCAACAUGGUGGGUGGAACAAUGGUCUUGAUGCUCACCGUUUCGAUCAGGGCCAUGGGAUGAAGCAGCAGAAUGGCAGCUGGAACAAUGGUCACCAUGGCUUGGAAUCUGCUGGUGGGAUGAUGAAUGGCAAGUAUGGGACUACUGCUGUUACUGCUGCACAUCAGAAGGUGCAGUAUCCUGCUGCUCACUCCUUCAUACACGAGGAAGAAGCGAUGACGGGAUACAAUGGUGGCCAUCGAUUCAGUGGCUUCAAUGAUAGCUUUGGUGGUGGCUAUGGAAGGAACAAUGGCUGCAGCAAUGUUGAUUGGAUGUCCAAGGCGAUAUAAGUAGCUUCCUACUCAGGGAAGGAAGUGGGGUCAUGGCUUUCUUCACUACUGAUAAUAAGUGCCUGUUUGGUUUGUGUGUCUUGUUUGAUGGGUUAUUCUGCUGGCUUAGUACAUGGUCUACUAUGUUGGCCUCUUAAUAUGUGUACUGCUGUUGUCUAUCCAUAAGCAAUAAAAGGCUGCUAUUUUAGUGAAUCAGAGAAGUGGUUUAUGAGCUUUGAUUC